AUGAGUAGUCGUAUCUUCAAGCGCGUGUCCGGGUUGCUGGUGGUGGUUUCCUUGCUCAUGCUGAUGAUCGGCGGCGCGCAGGCGUUCCCGGUGCGGGAUGAAGCGCUGGCGCGGCCGGCCGGCGAAGAAUGGCUGCACGUCCACGGCGACUGGCAAGCCACCCGGCACAGCACGCUCACACAGAUCAAUACGAGCAACGUUCAAGACCUCAACGUGGCCUGGGCGCUCGCCCUCGGCGGCGUUACCGGCCUGCAGUCCAAUCCCAUCUACCACGACGGCCUGUUGUACAUCCCGCUGGACAACAAAGUGCAUGCGAUUGACGCCCGCACUGGCGCUCGGGUGUGGAAAUUCGAGCACGAAUUGCCCGAGGACUGGGGCCACUGGCAGUUCAACGACUUCCUGACCAACAAGCACCGCAGCGUGGCGAUCUACCAGGACAAGAUCUACUUCCUUUCCAACGACAACGUCCUGCACGCACUCCAUUACAAGACCGGCGAGUCGAUGUUCGCCAAGCAGAUACGGGAAUACCCGCGCACCUACGAAUCAUCGGACGACGCCGGCGGCUACCUGACCACCGUAGGCCCUCUGGUGAUUCCGGGCCAGGUCCUUCUGCCCAUGAACGCUUCCGACAUGGGCGGCAAGCCCGGCUUUGUGGACUCCGUUGACCCGGAGACCGGCGAGUUGUUGUGGUCGGCGAACAUGAUUCCCGGACCCGGCGAGCCGGGCUACGAUAGCUGGCCGGGAAACAGCCGGGAUUACGGCGGCGCCGGCCCGUGGAUUACCGGCAGUUGGGACCCCGAUCUGAAGAUGUACUACACCGGCACGGCAAAUGCCUAUCCGUACACCCCGCACAGCGAACGGCAAGGCCGCGGCGGCGGUGACUACGAGAACGUCGGGGCCGCCGCCGUGGUGGCCGUCGACACGGAAACCGGCAAGGUCGCGUGGCGCUACACCGUGGUGCCGGGCGAUCCCUACGAUUACGACACCAUGCAGGUGCCCUUGGUUCUUACGAUCGACGGACGCAAGACCGUGGUGCAACCCAACAAGACCGGAUUUAUUAGCUAUCUGGAUGCCGCGACCGGCGAGUUCCUGAAAGCGACGCCGUUUUCGGACCGCAUCACCUGGGCGUCGGGUUUCACCGAUGAUGGCAAGCCCGUCUGGACCCAGACCAUCCCUCAGGAAGGCGAGGAUCCGGUGGAGGUGUGGCCCAGCCUGCUGGGCGGCGUGAACAUGUACCCGCCGGCAUACAACCCGCAGACCGGCAUGAUUUAUUUGUCGGCGCGUGAGAUGGGCAUGCUGUGGGGUUUCGAGAAGGUGCAGACGACGAGCAACGUGCAACUCGUUGGCGCAACGUUUGAACUGCCGCCCGGCGGCUAUGAGCUGAACAAGGCGGUGAACGCCGCAACCGGACAGGAAACCUGGCGCGACCAGAAAUCCAAGGACGGUUACUCCGGCGGCAUGCUGAGCACUGCCGGCGGUUUGGUCAUGUACGGCGGCGCGGGCGGUAUCGUGCACGCCGUGGACGCCAGCACCGGAGAAAUCCUCUGGACCUUCAGCGCCGGUGUCACCUUCAAAGCGGCGCCGAUCACCUACAUGCUCGACGGCAAGCAGUACGUCACCAUCGCCGGCGGCGGCAUGCCGACGUUUGGCUCGGCACCCGACGAUCAUCCCCUUGAACAUGGCAGCAUCAUGUUCACCUUCCUUCUGACGACGGGCUCACAAGACGCGCUGGCGGCUGUGAAGGUCGCGUCUUCCAAUCCGUUGUCAGGCGACGAGAGCGCCAUCCAGGAUGGCAAAACGCUCUACCGCGCCGUUUGUGUGGUUUGCCACGGCAUGAGAGCCAACGGCAGAGGGCGGGGCAUUGCCGGGGCCUCGAAUUUGCAGAAGUUCAAGCGCGGCUACGGCCUUUACGUGCAGAUCAUCAAGAAGGGCAAGAAAAAGAUGCCGCCCUACGGCGGCGGUAGGGUGUUGAGCGAUGAGGAGAUUGACCAGAUUGGAGCGUAUCUGGAAACCCUGGCGGUCAGAGGGGCGGUGUGGCUUGAUCCUGAGUGA